AUGACUCAGCGCAUGCCUUCCAAAGCUACGAUGGCAGUAUUUCAGGUGGAGAGAAGGCUGCAGCAAGCACGGUAUAUCACGUACCAUCAUUGCACCAAUGUACUGAGCGUGCUGUUGGAGACGCUGCCGUUGGAGCAGCGCGAGCUGGCGCUCGUGAGACUGAUGCUGUUGAUGUUCGAGGAGCUGGACACGCUGAUGCCCGUGGCGCUGAUGGCGCGGAUACUCUUGGUGCUGGGUGUGCAGCUGCUGGAGGUCGUAAGCCAGCUGCUGCUGCAGAUGCUAGGCGCAGUGAUGCUGAGUCACUGGUGCGUUGGCACCUCCGAUUCGCUCACUUGA